AUAGUACUACAUACCAGACUACAGUCUCAACAGAUUGAGACAUCUAUCUUACUAUCAUCAAUCAACUUAACAAACGGCGCCGCCACUCUUAUCCCCACGUUUCAUCUGAAGCUCCAUCAUCGGCAAAAAUGGCUUCCACGGCACGUGAUGAGCAGUGGCUUCUGGAGAACGGGAACAUCAAGCUCCUGAGCAAGGAGAUGAGGCACGGCCACGGCCAGAGCUACGGCCGGACGGCGCACAAUAUGUCCUCCUCUUCUCUCCGGAAAAAGUCCGACCACUCCAUGGCCAAAAAAGUGCCUUGUGCCAUUCUCAAAAACUUCCUCAUCAGUCUCCAAGAAGUGUUUCUUGGGACUAAGCUUUCCAUUCUCUUCAUCGCCAUUCCUUUCGCCAUUUAUGCUCAUUAUCGCCACUAUGGCAGGCCAUGGGUGUUUGCUUUGAGCUUAAUUGGACUUACUCCACUGGCGGAACGUAUCAGCUUUCUGACAGAACAAAUCGCAUUCCAUACUGGUCCAACAGUUGGAGGGCUUCUAAAUGCGACGUGUGGAAACGCUACAGAGCUGAUUAUUGCAAUAUUUGCUCUGAUGGAACACAAAGUGGACGUGGUGAAAUACUCUCUUCUGGGCUCCAUUCUCUCCAACCUUCUUCUAGUUCUUGGAACUUCUCUUUUGUGCGGCGGCAUUGCCAACAUUUCAAAGGAACAAAACUUCGAUAGAAAACAAGCGGACGUGAACUUCUUCCUGUUGUUGUUGGGGUUAUUGUGCCACGUUCUUCCUCUGGUGUUUGGAGGAGUUGGGCAGGACGUGGGUCGGGCGGCGCAGGCGACUCUUGCGCUGUCGAGAACCAGCUGCGUCGUCAUGAUCCUCGCGUAUUUGGGCUAUCUGGUCUUCCAGCUCUGGACUCACCGACAACUGUUCGACGCUCAGGAGGAGGAGGGUGGCGAAGACGAGGACGGAGAAUCCGAGGAAGAAGCGGUGCUCGGGUUUUGGAGUUCGUUUAUUUGGUUGGUUUUGAUGACCGGCGUUGUAGCCCUACUUUCUGAGUUUGCUGUUGACACUAUUGAGGCUGCAUCAGGGUCUUGGGGGAUUUCUGUGAGUUUCAUCAGUGUAAUAUUGUUGCCAAUUGUUGGGAAUGCAGCAGAACAUGCCGGUGCUAUCAUUUUUGCUUUCAAAAAUAAACUGGAUAUAUCUUUGGGAGUGGCACUUGGUUCAGCAACACAAAUUGGCAUCUUUGUGAUUCCCUUAACGGUAAUUGUGGCAUGGAUCAUUGGAAUCAAGAUGGAUCUUGCUUUCAGCACCAUGGAGACAAGUGCUCUUGCUUUGUCUAUAAUUAUUACAGCCUUCACUUUACAGGAUGGAACAUCUCACUACCUCAAGGGAAUAGUACUUCUGCUAUGUUACGUCAUAAUCGGGGCAAGCUUUUUUGUUAAUCAAGACUCAUCAGGACAACCACAUAAUGGCAACAUGGGACCAAAUCAAAGAAUCUUUAGAGCUUAAUUAAAUGCACUUCUUGAUUGUUGAUGAACAAGCUAAGUGUGGAGAAUCAACAAAUAUUGGAGGGAUUUGUUAUUCUUUUAUUUGAAUGGAUGGUCGGAUCUUUAAUUCAAAGCCAUCAACAUUUGAAUCUUCGAUCUCAUCAUAUAUCAUCUCCAGAUUCAGAAGUUGGAAGGAUUCGAUCUCGUGGAGAUUAAAGAAAUGGAAAACCUUAAUAAGAGCUACUUAAUGUGAUAUUUUAUGUACGUGUGUCUAUCUAGUUGCUAUAGAUUUCUUGUAAUAGCAACUGAGUGAAAGUUUUUUUAUUUUCUGUAAUAUAUAAUGUUAUAAUAAUUGUAUAAAGCUCAUAAAUGAUUGGAUGUUUAUGGCU